UUGGCCUGAACUCUGCCAGUCGUCAGCGGUUGUUCCGAGCGGUUGGAUCUCCGGUUAACAAAAUCACAAAAAAAUACCUACACUACCAAGAAAAUCUCAAUAAAAAAUCACUUUUAGGGCCGCCCCUCAAUUACUCAAGUAUUUUAGUGUUAUUCUGCUGAUUCACUUCGUAUUGUGACGGAAGUUUUUCCCAUUUUCCCCCGUUCGCGUGCGGCCAUUAAUUUGAAUGUGCACCUGAUUUGUAUCGCAACCGAAAGCCGCCCACCAUUUUCCGGUCAAGUUCGCUUACGUUAACCGAGAAUCAAAUAAAAAUGUCCCACCAUUAACCACGUUUGUCAUUUGGCCGGUGAUACCUCAAUGGGGAAGACCAGCAAAAAAAAGCUACUCCUUUGGCGCGUGUGAAGUUGUGACUCGACCCAAUUAAGCAAAAACGCAAAUAUAAUUAACAAAAAUAUUUUAAUUAUACCAGCUGAUGGCGGAAAAAAGCUUUCACUGCAACACAACAGCCAAACCCGUUUUCGUACUUAAAAACCUGCAUAGACAUAUAUACGAAUACAGUUGCUGCUCUUACUAUAAGGGACAUAAUAAGAUAUAGCAAAAGACAGCAGCCAAGCGGCCGCCUCGCGUCGCAUCGCAUUCGGCAACUUGUUUAUUUCAAAAUUAUAUAUAACAAACAUCAAAAAAAAGCCCCAAAACGGGUAUCUUAUAAAUAGUGCGCUUUGUUUCGGCACAUAACCACAAGAUCGACACCCCAACAACAGUGGCUCUCACUUGACGUAGGUCAGGCCAAAGCUCUGCUCGAUCAAGAAAAAAAAAAACAAAAAAAAAGAUUCCAUACCUGUUGCCGGCGUUUUGAUCGCCAAAAAGAGAGGGAACCUGAUAAAUGGGUCUCGCCCCAUCUCCGUAGACUCCAUCCAUCCGUGCGAUCGUCUCUGAGAAAAUGCUCCACUGGUCUCUGAUCGUCAGCGCCCUCGGCGUCUGCGUGGCCGCCUUGGGCGGCUACUGCGGUUGGGUUCUCUUCCCCAACAUGGUACACAAAAAGGUCGAACAGAGCGUCGUUAUAUCAGAUGGCUCGGAACAAUACAAACGUUUUGUUAACCUGCCUCAGCCAUUGAACUUCAAAGUCUACAUUUUUAAUGUGACCAAUCCGGACAGGAUACAACAAGGUGCCAUACCCAUUGUCGAGGAAAUAGGACCCUAUGUAUACAAGCAGUUCCGUCAAAAGAAAGUGAAACAUUUUUCGAGAGACGGGUCAAAGAUAUCCUACGUGCAAAAUGUGCACUUUGAUUUCGACGCAGAUGCCUCGGCUCCGUACACCCAAGAUGAUCGGAUUGUGGCUCUCAAUAUGCACAUGAAUGCAUUUUUACAAGUAUUUGAAAGAGAAAUCACAGAUAUCUUUCAGGGUUUUGCCAAUAGGCUAAACUCCCGAUUGAAUCAAACUCCAGGUGUACGAGUCCUGAAACGAUUGAUGGAACGUAUUCGAGGGAAACCUCCCUUUAGCUGGGUACAUGGCAUCAUAAUCAGCAUUGUCGAUGGUGUCAAAUCCGUCCUACAAAUAUCUGAGAACGAUCCUGGCCUGGCUUUACUUUUGGUCCACUUAAAUGCCAAUCUUAAAGCGGUCUUCAACGAUCCAAGGUCAAUGUUUGUAAGCACCUCGGUGAGGGAAUAUCUCUUCGACGGAGUGCGUUUCUGUAUCAAUCCCCAAGGAAUCGCCAAGGCUAUUUGUAACCAGAUCAAGGAGAGCGGUUCGAAAACCAUUCGGGAGCAGAGCGAUGGCAGUCUGGCCUUCUCCUUUUUUGGUCAUAAAAAUGGUUCCGGACACGAAGUCAUUGAAGUGCAUACUGGAAAGGGAGAUCCCAUGAGAGUGUUAGAGAUCCAAAAACUGGAUGACUCGCAUAAUCUACAAGUGUGGCUGAAUGCAAGUACAGAGGGCGAAACGUCAGUCUGCAAUCAGAUAAAUGGAACUGAUGCCUCAGCCUAUCCACCAUUUCGUCAGCGAGGGGAUUCUAUGUAUAUCUUCAGCGCGGACAUUUGUAGAUCAGUGCAGUUGUUUUACCAGACAGAUAUUCAAUACCAGGGAAUACCUGGAUAUAGAUACUCCAUCGGCGAGAACUUCAUAAACGACAUUGGACCGGAACAUGAUAAUGAGUGCUUUUGCGUUGACAAAUUGGCGAAUGUGAUCAAGAGGAAAAAUGGAUGUCUAUAUGCGGGUGCUUUGGAUUUGACCACAUGUUUAGAUGCCCCUGUAAUUUUGACAUUGCCUCAUAUGCUGGGCGCCUCGAAUGAGUACCGAAAAAUGAUACGAGGCCUCAAGCCAGAUGCCAAAAAGCACCAGACUUUUGUGGAUGUGCAGUCGCUGACGGGUACGCCCUUGCAAGGCGGUAAAAGGGUUCAGUUUAACAUGUUCUUGAAGAGCAUUAAUCGCAUAGGCAUUACCGAAAAUUUACCCACAGUUUUGAUGCCCGCCAUUUGGGUGGAGGAGGGCAUUCAACUUAAUGGCGAAAUGGUGGCCUUUUUCAAAAAGAAACUGAUCAACACGCUGAAAACCCUCAAUAUUGUCCACUGGGCGACCUUGUGCGGUGGCAUUGGUUUGGCGGUCAUGUGUCUGAUAUAUUAUAUCUACCAAAAGGGGCGUGUCGAGGAGCCACCCGUGAAGUAAGAUGUUAAUCAUAAAUCUGUAUUUGUUAUUGAGUGUUAUGUAAAAAUCUAUUUGUUAUUUUAUUAUGAUAAUUAUGGAUGUAACACACACAGUUUUUGUCUACGAAUUUGUAUAUAAUUUAUUUUUUUAAUUGUGAUUCUAUUGUAUUGUGAUUUAGCGUUUACUAAAAAAAAAAAACAAGAAAAACUACUACGAAUUAA